CGGUCGGACUCCACUCCGCUCUGAAACAACGCUCGCGUGCCUCUCGGCGCCAAUGACGUGGAGAAGGUUCGCUUUCAACCCGCGCGCCCAAUGCCUGCUCUCUCACACAUUCUAUGUACGAUCACUUGAUGCCGCUCUCACGGCAUGAUCGCGCGCCCUCCCCUCCUGCAGCGGACAGCGCAAUCAUGUCUCCAUCUCCAAAACACUGCUCGUCGCCGCCACUUCCACCCCACCACCUCCCUCCACGCCAAUGACACCGGCAUACCCAACCACUACCGCACCCUCGACCUCCCCCCCACCGCCACCCCGGUAGAAAUAAAGAAACAAUUCUACCGCCUCUCCAAAGCCCACCACCCUGACCUUCAUCCAGACGACCCCCACGCAGCGGAACGCUUCGUCCAAAUCUCCGAAGCCCAUGCCGUUCUCGGCUCGCCCGAGAAGAAGAGCCGCUAUGAUCGCGACUUCCACCGCGCUUCGCAAUCGCAGUCCUCGUCUGGAACUCCAUCGCAUCCCAGUGGGAGUUACAGCUCCGCCUCCGCCGGCCAUGCGGGAAGCCGUCCCGCCUCGGGCCUGAGUAGACGACGCACCCAAUUCCGCGGGCCCCCGCCGAGUUUCUACCGCAGUGGCGGGUGGGGUGAGCAUGGCGAGAAGAGGGGCGAAGCGGCCAGUCGACCUUCACAUGCCCACGAAGCGCAGGGACAGCAGAGUCAGGGUGCUACAGCGGGGACCGGGCCGGGCGGUUUCACCACGGGCUUCGACAACGACGUCAAUCAUUUCGACCAUGAGGGUCAUUACCGCACGCACUCGGAUAUCGAACGGACGCGCCAUCGGGCACGGCGGAAAUUGCAUCAUGGGGUUCGAGGGGUGAGGGGGGAGGAGAUUGAGUAUGAGAGUGGCGGGAGUAUGUUGUUCAAUUUCUUGAUGGUUAGCGGGGUGUUGGUGUUUGCGUUUGGCGGAUCGGCGAUGGCGAUGGGGGUUUUUGGGGCGCGGUGGGGGAUGGGGCAGGGACGCGGCGGCAAGGAGGAUGGGUGAUUGUGAUUGUAGAUAUUGUGCAGCACAUGUUUAUGGCUGUGGCGGCCUCUUAGGGACGCGGGAAUGGCGUUCAUAUGAGUUGAGUAACGGUUGUCUUCGUCUUG